AUGAACGAAGAACGCGGUCGAACAACAUCGACAUCCCGAGCACCUUCUCGAGCACCUUCUCGAGCUUCCCGUGCCCCAUCUCGCGCCACCUCCAUCUCGCGAAUCCCCACCAACAACCACAGUCACGGUGGCGGUGGCGGUCCCGGAUCCACGCUCUCCCGCACCCAAUCCCUCAUCCGGAAACAAACCGCGCCCGUCUCCCUGCGCCCCUCGGACAUCCUCAUCGCGCGGUUCAUUGCGUGGAAAGGGGUGCUGAAGCAGCUGGUGUUGUAUUUUAGAGGUGUGGCGGGGAUACAGCAUUAUAGUGCGCGGGAGAUGGUUAGGUUGGGUGGGGUCAUACAGGUGCCGUUUCGGGGGGAUGCGGGGUUCAUUGGAGGAGAAGGGGGAUUGCAGGAGGUGUUUUAUAAACUGAGAGAAGAGGGGAUCCGGAGUGUGGCGGAGGAGUAUGAAGGGUUCGGGAGGACGAUUGAGGGGAGUAUUGUUCGGCAUUUGGAGAAAUUGCGUGGGGAGGUGAAGAUGCAUAUCAAGAACAUCCAAAACGAUACAGGAAAACUCGCUACGACCGUUUCCCGCGAACGCGAAUUAUCGACGUCGUUGAUCAGCGCGUUGGCCACGUCUAUUAGCACGUAUAAGAACACCCCCCUCGCGCUGUCCUCGCACCCUAAACAAGAUCCAUACAUCUCGAAUCUAGCUGUCCAGCGCCAACUCCGCACGCAAGUCAACGCGGAGAACUUGCUGCAGAAAUCACUGAUCAUCACACAAGCCAACAGCGCGUCGUUCGAAGAAGGGAUCGUGCAAGCCAUCCAGGGGGCGUGGGCGACUUACGAGGAAUGGCGGGUACGCAUGACUGCGAAUGUGGAGAGACACCAUGCUGGUGUUGCGGGUGCGUUUGCGGGGUUAGACCCGACGGUGGAGUGGGUGUCGCUCUCGGCGAGGACAGAUCAUUUGUUGGAUCCGGACACACCGUUGAGGGAGCCGAGGUUUAUCCGGUACCCGUGUAAGGACGACCCGUGUGUGGUGGGUGUGCACGAGGGGGUGUUGUUGAGGAAACGUAGAUAUGUGAGGAGGUGGAGGGAAGCGAGGUAUGUGUUGACUCCCGCGGGGUUUUUGCAUGAGUUUCGGGAUGACAACGUCGACGCCGACGGGGUAGAGACACCCGUAUUCAGUCUAUUCCUCCCAGAAUGCACACUCGGACCACCAAACGCCCACGAUCGCCCCGGGGGUAAAAACGGGGGGUCGUAUAAAUUCUACAUCGAGGUAUCCAAAGACGGGACAGGGACCACCAAAGGCGGGACCUCGAUUUCGUCUGUGCGGCGGAGAGGAGGGGGAGGGGGAGGGGACCACGCGUGGUCGUUUAAAGCGAAAAGUAGAGACGAGAUGAUGGAGUGGUGGAAUGAUAUUAAGAUGCUGUGUGCGAGGUAUCUCGUGGCGUCGGAGCAGGUUGAGAGGUCGGGGCCUGUGGAGGCGGCUGUUAGAGCUGUGGGGUAUCCCGAGGAGGAGGACGAGCGUUCCCUUUCUGCUUCCCCUUCUGCUUCCGACGACGAGGAAGAAGAAGACAGUGAAUUCGAAGACACGGGUGGAGUCACCCCGUAUCACACUGUCGCUGUAGGCGGUGGCGGUGGAGGGGAUCAUCACCCUGUAACGUCUGGAUCCGAAGACGACGUUGACAAUCACUCCGACGAAGAGGUGUACGCCAACGCCAACGAGGAACAAGACGACGAGGGGUUACCGAGUUAUUCACAUCUCCACGGGGGAAGAGGCGAGAGUGAUCUCAAGGGAGACAAGGUGAUGCCGGGAGGUGUAGGGGAGGUUGGUGAGAAUGGGUUUCCGGUGAGUUGGGUUCUUUUCUCUCUUUUGUUCUUCCUUUCCUCCUCUCCUUCCUCCCUUUUGAUUCCUCAUCCCUUUCCUCCCCUUCCCUCUCCUCAUCUUCUCCCUUAUCCUUAUCCUUAUCCUCACACCAACCUUACCAACCAACCUUACUAA